AUGUCAAACACACACAGAACCACAUCAGUCGAGCGCAUGAGUGGACGGCAGCGCGUCUUACCUCUGAAUGCCUCCACUUGGUGGCUGAGUUCUGAGCUGGACGUAGAGCCGGCGCUGGGCAGGCCUCCGUGGCUGUUGUUCAGGCUGGCAGCGUCAUCACCACCCUGCUGCAACACAGACAGGAAGGACAUACACCUACGGAUUACGACUGUGUAUGUCACUGGGCAGACUGGUGGUGGAGCCCACUGCAUGGUUCCUCAGAACAAGGAUUGCAUCAUCCAGCCUGUCCAAACGAUCCUCCAUACGAGACUGGGAGGACCAGGGGGAUUGAGAAAAGAGGAGGUCGGGAGAGGGAGAAGGAGAGGAGAGGAGGGAGAAGGAGGACAGAGCAGCUUAUCGCAUGGCAGCGAAGGAAUUCUGGAGAAGCGGUUCAGUAAACAGCUGCCACUUCCCCACACCACUCUGCUUAACUCAACCCAUCCCCCCAACUGUCAUCCCUGUCCCCAGCCCAUAGAGUCGAGGACAGAUGGCGAGCCCCAAGAGACAGGGAUGGUGAGCACGGUGCAGUCAGUAGGGAGUACAAAUUUACAGCUCCUGGAUGUGCCUCUGCCCCCAACCCAACCUUCUACUAAGCAAAACGGGAUUAAAAUCCAAAGGCUGGUGCUAUACCUGGCCUUCCGGAUGGGGCGCCAGCAGCAGUCACCACGGUGCCGGCAGAGGCAGCGCCUGCUGUGGCCGUCAGAGGUGAAGGAGAGCCCCCGGAUGAAGAUUCGUGUUCCUGUAGGAGUCACGCUGCUUAUUAUUCUACUGUGGCGCCGAAAGGCUCAGACGCCCAACCUGGAAACCCCGUUAAGCCAAAAACAGAAAAUCUCAAGGGCCACCUUUCAGCCUGCAGCCAGAGAUUGUACAAUGACCAAUGCUUUUGUGGAGCAAAAGUUAAUGGGGGGAGGGACAGAGAUAAAGGGAGCUGGUCUCAGAAAAGAGGAGCACAAUGAGCAUGCUGUUGUACAGCUGCUAGCGUGUGCCAAGCUGGGCCAUGGGAUCAAAGAGACUGGAGGCCAAACACCAGUGAUGUGGUCUCUGACUUCAUCCACUCCAGAUGGUGGGAGCCAGGGUGAGGAGGGGAAGAAGGGAAAAAAGGGCAACGAAAGAAAGAUCAGUGAGCUGCUCCAUCUGUACUGGUGCCGUGCCACCAGCUCACAAGCCAAAGGCCCACUGCGAAUUCUCCCAGUGCUCCAGAUGCCUCUAAAUGCUGAGGCAAAGAGGAAGAGGAUGGGGGAGGGAGGCGAUGGGGAGGUGGGCAGAGAAAAGAUAAAGGGAAGUACGCUGCUGGCUCUUCACACAGCUGCCUCUGGCGCAGCAGAUCUGACUCCAGUGAUGGAUUUAGUUCAGCUCCACAUGCACAAACCACGAAUGGCCGAGCCCCUUCAGACGGUCCGCUCCAAGACGCAGCGGCUCCAACCCCUUUCACUUAGCAGUCAACAGCUGAUCCUCUACAGCUGGACAGCCCUGCCAGUCGCUUGUUGGGGGCGAAGUCCUGAGGAAGUGAAGGAAGGAAGGAAGGAAGGAGCUUGGCAGGGCCAAGAUGGGCUGAGAGAAACACAAAGGCGGGGAGGGGUGUGGGGAGAUGGGGAUGGUCUGGGGACGGAGAAAUGGGAUUUGCACCCUUUCAGCUCAUCCACAGCUCUUCAUGCUUCACUGACCACAGGCUACAAACUGCUGGAAAUCCCUGUGGCUAAACAAUUAGAAGAAGUGAAUGAGAGCCAACCCUCCACAGCAGGACCUGCAGGAGACCUAGAGAAAAGGCGCUGGGGAGGAGGGGGUUGUCGCGCUGUGGUGGUGGCCACAGCCCUGCCUGUCAGACCGCCAGCCCGCAGCCACAGCUACCCAGGAUACAACGGCUGGCUGGGGGCCAAGUCAGGAUUCACCUCCACACCAUGUUCAAAUAUGAAUAAAACCAUAAUGUUACGAUCACGUGGAUUUCUUUACGAACACGGUGAGAAGGCAGGACGCCAUCUGUCACGCCUAAUAAAAAACCAAUCUGUAUCCCAGCAAAUUAAACAGAUAAGAACCCCUUCAGGUGAACUUACAGUAGCGCCAUCUGUCAUAAAUGAAACCUUUAAAACAUUUUACUCUGAACUAUACACGUCACAAUCCCCAUCUGACAAAACAAACAUGAUGAGCUUUCUGGAUAACCUAAAUUUUCCACCCAUCUCCACUAUCCAGAAGAGCGAAAUGGAUCGACCCUUAGAAUUUCGUGAAAUAGCAAACUCAAUUAAACUAAUGCAGAGUGGCAAGGCCCCUGGCCCUGAUGUAACCACCAUCCCCAAAAUAACUGAAUUGCUAAACCGCUUUGGAGCAUUUUCUGGCUAUAAGUUGAACUUCUCAAAAAGCGAAUGUUUUCCUGUAAAUAACUUAGCCCUUGGGAUCCCUGAUGUGUGUUUUCCAUUUAAAGUGUCUAAAAGCAGCUUUAAAUAUUUAGGAGUGCAUAUCUGCCGCAAGAUGUCAGAUCUCUACAAGAACAAUUUUCAACCCCUAAUUGAAAAGAUUAAAUCAGAUCUGGAAAGAUGGUGUAAUUUGCACAUAACUAUAGCGGGAAGGGUAAAUUGCAUCAAAAUGAACGUGCUUCCACGUUUUCUCUAUCUUUUCCAAUGCUUGCCCAUCUUUUUACCCAAUUCCUUUUUUCGUGCUAUCAAUAGGCUAAUUUCAUCUUUUAUAUGGAAAGGCAAGACUGCCAGAAUAAGGAGAGAGCUUUUACAAAGGCAUAAGUCUGUUGGUGGUCUGUCACUCCCUGAUCUGAGACUCUACUAUUGGGCAGCCAACAUAAACAAAAUGACUCUCUGGAUCCGCGAACCUGAACUAAUCUGGUGUAAACUAGAAGCUAAAUCCUGUUCUACGUCAUUCCUAGCUCUACUUACACAAAUAUUGCCCUUUCGACCAUCCCAACAUACAUGUAACCCAAUUGUUGUCUCCACCCUUAAAAUUUGGCUCCAAUUCAGACGUACUUUUGGACUCAUAGGACUGUCCAAUCACAGCCCCAUACACAACAACCAUCUCUUCCUCCCUCCUAGUAUUGAUAAUGCCUUUUCUCUAUGGCAGAGAUCUGGCCUUGUUAGGCUAAGUGAUCUAUAUAUGAACAAUGUCUUUGCUAGCUUCAACGAAUUAUGUGGAAAAUUCAACCUCCCCAAAUCUCACCUAUUCCGAUACUUCCAAAUUCGUAACUUUGUUAAAUCCAAUAGCACCUAUUUCCCUAAUACCCCACCUAACUCAGUAAUUGACUCAAUUUUGGACAUCUCCACAAAUCAGAAAGGCCUUAUCUCCAAAAUAUACACCUUAAUAUCCCAUCUCAAAGAGACAUCUCUUGAUAAAAUCAAGAAAGACUGGGAACAAGAACUUGGUAGGGCUAUUGAUGACGGUGUCUGGGACUCAGCAUUAACUCGUGUAAAUAAUAGUACAUCUUGCUCCAGGCUUAAUCUCAUACAAUUUAAGGUUGUCCAUCGUAUUUAUUUUACCAAUUCUAAACUUUCCAAAAUGUAUCCCAAUGUCUCAGACGCAUGCAAUAGAUGUCACAUGUCACCAGCAAACAUGACUCACAUGUUUUGGUCCUGUCCCCGUCUGCAAAAUUACUGGACGGCUGUUUUCAAACAUCUUGGAGAAGCACUAAAUGUGGAGAGAACAUCUGAGGAGGGGAAUAUUGACACAUAA